AAUUAAAAAAAAUAUUUCAGGCCUACUCGAACAUCCUGUCUGCACAGGAAUGGAGGAAUUUCAUUCUGAGUUCGGAUGCCCAAGGCGUGAUUAAGCUCGUUGACGUGAACCUGAAUAGAACGUUGAUCGAACACACUAUAAUGGAACCACUUGCCCCUAUGUAUAUGCUAAUGAGGAGUACUAAUUGCAGCUUGUGGAAAAUACACCAAAAUCAAUUUUUGUUCACCAACGGUUCCCACAUCUCUCGAUUAGGACCACAGUUGACCAUCUCCAGUAGAGACUUGUGCGUCUCACUUUUCGUUAAAUCUUGCAGAAAUUGCGAAAUAACAUUCUUUUAUCAAGAUGGCAUAUCGAGGAAGGUUCUGAAACAAAUUGGCCCUACAAUAAAUGAAGAAUGGAUGGAAAUUAAACUGAAGGAAGAAAACAUCCAAAUAGAAAAAGUAAACAUUUUCGUGGAAACCAAAUUUGUAGACAAAAAGUUGAAUGUAUCUGGCUUUUGGGCUAUCGACGAUGUGAGGGUUUGCAAUGAAAACGAGGUCAGGGUAUCUUUCUUGAGAAUGAAUAACAGUAAAAACUUCUCUGAGGAAGACAUUUCUUGCCAGUUGAUUAGAAAACCAAGCUGGAGACCAAAAAAGCUGACAUAUGAUGGAAUCAAAGAUUUUCCAAAAAUAUCUGGCAUCACCAAUGUGAACUCCAUUAAACUGAAAUGGUCACAGGAAGACCCAUCAAACCAAAUAAGUUAUUUCAUUUCUUAUAAGGCAAAUAAUUUGGAAAAUGAUAUUUGUACCAGUUCUUAUGACUCUACAAGAUCAAAGUCUAAUGGUUUCAUCAGUACAAAGUUGAAUGAAGUCGUCUUGGAGAACCUGGUUCCUUAUACAAAAUAUAACAUCACCAUAUCGACUGUUUUACAUGAAAAUGACAGAAACCUGGUUCUACAGACACUGGAAACAGUGGAACCAAAUCUAGAAGAGUUGCCAUUCAAUAUCCAGGUGAAAGCUCUAGACACGUCCAUAAAUGUCUCCUGGGAAAACGUAGAUUGUUCUAAGAAAUAUGGCCGAAUAGUAUACACUUUAAUUGUGAGCAACAGCGAAUUGAAUUUCACAAAAGAAAUCUCACUGCAGACGGAAAAUAGCUACAAGAUAGACGGCUUGGAACCUUACACAUCUUACGCGUUGAAAAUCAUAACGGCGAGAAAUGGAAGAAACAUUUACAGAGGAGUCCAUACUAAUACUUACAAUUUGAAUUUCACUACCAUGGCAGGAGUGGCUCCACCUGUAGUCAACCUAGAACUGUACUCCAUAGACCAGAACUCAGCGUCUUUGCGAUACGAAUUACCUGAAGAUACCCGUGGCAAAAUCAGAGAAGUCCAAGUCAGGAGAUGCAAUAAUCUCUCCUUCAACAAAUGCAAACCCUCGAUAACUCACGUUAGACCAUGCAAUAUAUGGCCUGGUAAAUACUGUGUCGAUGACAACUAUCUGAUCCCCUUCCAGUCAUACUCGUUCCGAGUCAGUUUAAGGAAUUUAAACACUCCCUCGUUUGGUGAUGAAGUUAGUGUAAAAGGAUUCACUACUGACAGAGUACCUGGCAAACCGACAAACGUCACAUACAAAAUAGUCGACUGUCACGUGUCAACGGACUACUGCCAUCUGAACGUCACGUGGCUACACCCUCUCGACCAAAACGGCACCAUUACCUCGUUCAACAUCAUCUUGAACAGUACCGACAAGAGAAAAGAUUCUGAAGAUGAUAAAUACAUCCACGAGGUUUACAAAGUCGAGAAUAAAACCUAUUAUCACGAUUAUACUUACCAGAUAAAAUACUUGCCUUACAGCACCUACUACAAUCUAUACUUGCAAUCCGCCAACACAAAGUACGAAAGCGAUUUUACGCAGCAGACUAUCAAAACUGACAACAUAGGCGAUCACAUAGACCAGAGUCCAAAACUGAUUGCCAAAAGCGAUUCCACUCUUAUAUUCAAGAUUCCGCGCUUGGAUAGAAGGUUAGAGUUCUACACGCUCACUGUAGUUGUGCAAGACUACAACGAGUCUAAGAAAAUCGACAGUCGUUUGUUGAAAAACAAGAAAAUUGUUGACAACGUUUGUCACCAGUUCGGGGAGACUUGGAUCUCACAAGUUGUCAAGGUGGUUAAUAGUAGCAAAACUGAAAAUAUAAUCAUAGACAGUGCCGGAAAAAAUAAGCUGAAGCCUGAAACGAAGUAUUGCGUUACUUUCAUCAUCACGAAUCAGUACAAGGGAUCUGAGCACGACGUUAUUUACUAUGAAAAAUUGAGAAUGCCUCCCGCUCAAGCUCCUCCUCCAAAAGAAGAACCGAGUAGUAAUUCCUACAGCCAUCUCUGGAUUCUGCUUCUCCUUCUUCUGCUGAUACCAGUGGCAUUCCUGAUUUAUAGGUACCUCCGAAAAAAGAAGGUGAUAUCGAAACCCUCCGAGAACAAUGAAAACGUCUACGAAACACUGCCAUUUGACGAAUGCGAACUCAACGAUACAGACUUCAAAAAUGGAAAAGUUUCUUCGUUUGCGAACAAAACUUAUGGCGGAUGAUUCCAGAGGAAAAGAUAGCAGAGUUGUGCCUUACAAUUGAGCCUGUACUUAUCCCAACUGUGAUAUAACACCAACCUUUUUUCAUUUACCUUUCAUCGAACAAUUUUCCAAGGAAUAGAUGUAACCGUAGCUUUUAGAAUCGACUCAAAAAUUUGUAAGAAUACUGAAUGUCUUCUUACAUUACCUAAUAGUACUAAAUAUUUUAAUGUGCAGCUUUUUUUUUAAAGUGUCAGGACUCGAGAAAAUAUAUGGAUGUAUGUUGUUAGUCUCUUGUAUUUUAAGGCAACUGUUUUUAUUGAAUAAGAAUACUUGUCUGUGAAACCUGUACAUGUUGUGAAAAUUAUAGAAAUACAAAAAUCUUGACUCCAUA